AUGGCCAAAGUGAAAACUUAUGAAUUGGUUGCCCCGGAUGGCGGUUAUGGUUAUAUUAUUUUAACAUGUGUUUUUGUAAAUUUGUCAAUGUUAAGUGCAUACAUAAAUUGCUAUGGAAUUAUAUACAAGGACUUUUUUAGUGAAUUAGGAAUGGAUUCCACAAAUAUUACAUCAUUGAAUGGAAUCAAUUCUAUGAGUUCAGCAAUAGGAAGUUUAAUGACCUCAUUUUUUCUAAAGAGGCUGUCAAAACGGAAAAUGGCCCUAAUUGGAGCUACUCUGUGGAAUACAGGACUGUUUUGUACAGUUUUUGCUCAAUCUAAAAUAAUUUUGUUUAUAUUUCAAGGCGUUGCACAGAGUCUCGGACAGGGCAUAAUAUUCAACAUUUCAAGCACGGCUCUUAAUGAUUACUUUGUUAAAAAAAGAAGUCUAGCAGUUAGUGUUUCACAAACAUUAUUAGCGGUUCUAUGUCUCGUGGCACCUCAAUUCUUUAAAUGGUCCAUAAAUGUCUUCGGAUAUAGAAACAGUUUAAUAUGGCUUUGCGCUUUAUCUGUGCAUAUGAUCAUUGCUGCAACUCUUACGCAACCAGUAUCGUGGCACAUGAAAAAGAUUGAGAUCUCACCAAAAGAGCAAGAAUUAAAAAUACUAUUAAAUGAGAAUAAUAUCAACCACACAACAAAGGCGCUCACUGACUGUACCAGUAUUGAUGUAGAUAGACUACAAAAUAUCACAGAAGAUAGCAAACAAAAAAAGAUUGGGGGCUUUUUGAAUGAUCUGAUAGAUUUUAAGCUUAUAAAAGGUUUCUUGCUAUCAAUAGAAUGUGGAGGUGCUACAUUAGUAAUGACUGUGGAGUUUAUAUUUUUGAUGAUUCUUCCACAAGCCCUUCAAUCAUGUGAGUUUAACUGGAGUGAGGACGAUACAGCGAUGGCGUUUACUUUAGUGGCUGUAGGUGAUUUAUCCAUGAGGAUUCUUAUGAUAGUCUUUGAUAAAUUGAUGAAUAAAUGGGGUAGCCGUUCGAUUUACGUGUUUGGAAUUAUGCUUGCAUUUGUAACGAGAAUAGGUAUUUUAACAUCCAACAGCCAGAUUUUAACCUUUAUUUUAUUGACAUUGAUGGGAAUGUCAAGAUGCAUCAUUUUAGUUGUGAUAAUUCUAGUCGUUUCGGAAUCUGUAAAGGAGGAUGAAUUCUCAGCCGCCAUCGGAAUCUUUAUGAGUGCCAUGGGAAUUCUUAAUCUAACCAUAGGACCAUUAUUAGGUGCUAUCAGAGAUUACACAGAUAGCUACAUAAUAACAUUUUACUUGAUGACAGCAAUCAUGGGCGCUGUAGGUGUUUUAUGGAUAUUGAAGAAUAUAUGUGUUAAGAAACGGAAAAGUUUACAUUAA